AUGUGUGGCGCAGCGGCCCCGUCCUGCGCCGGAUUUGGAGGAGACCUCACCUGCGGUGUGGGAUGGGGCAGGGGGAAACUGAGGCACGUGGGGCUGGCUCACCCCCGAGCCUGUGGCAAAUCCUGCCUCCGCCUCGGUGCCAGCCCGGCGCUUUCUCUGCCCGGGUUUCCUCGCCGGCUGCCGAAGCUUCGGCAUGGCUCCUCAACCGGGAGGAGAGUGGGACGCCGGCGGCGAGGGGCUGGGCAGCCGGACCCGCUCCCCUCGGUGAGAGCGAAGCUUCGCCUGGAGCCUCCAUCGCCUGAAGAUGAAGAUGUCUGCGUGUUCAAGUGCUCCGUGUCCCGCGAGACCGAAUGCAGCCGCGUGGGCAAACAGUCCUUCAUCAUCACGCUGGGCUGCAACAGCGUCCUCAUCCAGUUCGCCACCCCCAACGAUUUCUGUUCCUUUUAUAACAUCCUGAAAAACUGCCGGGGCCACAACACGGAGCGCUCGGUCUUCAGCGAGCGGACGGAGGAAUCCUCGGCCGUGCAGUACUUCCAGUUCUACGGGUACCUGUCCCAGCAGCAGAACAUGAUGCAGGACUACGUCCGGACGGGCACCUACCAGCGAGCCAUCCUGCAGAACCACAGCGACUUCAAAGACAAGAUCGUCCUGGACGUCGGCUGUGGCUCCGGCAUCCUCUCCUUCUUCGCGGCACAGGCCGGGGCAAGGAAGAUUUAUGCGGUGGAAGCCAGCACCAUGGCCCAGCACGCGGAGGUACUGGUGAAGAGCAACAACCUGACGGACCGGAUCGUGGUGAUUCCGGGGAAGGUGGAGGAGGUCUCGCUGCCCGAGCAGGUGGACAUCAUCAUCUCCGAGCCCAUGGGCUACAUGCUCUUCAACGAGCGGAUGCUGGAGAGUUACCUCCACGCCAAGAAGUACCUGAAACCCAGCGGGAACAUGUUCCCGACGAUCGGCGACGUCCACUUGGCCCCGUUCACGGACGAGCAGCUUUACAUGGAGCAGUUCACCAAGGCCAAUUUCUGGUACCAGCCAUCCUUCCAUGGCGUUGACCUCUCUGCGCUCCGAGGGGCGGCCGUGGAUGAGUAUUUCAGGCAGCCCGUGGUGGACACCUUCGAUAUCAGGAUCUUAAUGGCCAAAUCAGUCAAAUACACCGUGAACUUCUUAGAAGCCAAGGAAGGCGAUUUGCACAGGAUAGAAAUCCCCUUCAAGUUCCACAUGCUGCAUUCGGGGCUGGUCCACGGCUUGGCCUUCUGGUUCGACGUAGCCUUCAUCGGCUCCAUAAUGACGGUGUGGCUCUCGACAGCCCCCACCGAGCCGCUGACCCACUGGUACCAGGUCCGGUGCCUGUUCCAGUCACCGCUCUUUGCCAAAGCCGGCGACACGCUCUCAGGGACUUGCCUCCUCAUCGCCAACAAGAGGUGA